ACCCCUUCUCUUCGCGCCUCCCGAUCUCGAGCCGUCGGAUUCCAAUUUUUGCCUCUUCUUCCACGCCUCCUCUUCUUAUCCCCUUCGCUUCCGCCCUCGCCUCCCAUCAAUCGGCUCGUCUCCUUCUCUCCAACGUCGCAGGAGCCUAAUCUCGUGAUCUCGCCAUGAAGAGGGGGAAAUCCAAGACCGACGCUCCCAAGAAGGCUGAUGCCAAGCUUUCGGUGAAAAAGGGAUCUGAAAGGGUGGCUAAAAAGCCGAGGAAGUCGAAGGCCGACAAGGAUCCUAACAAACCUAAGAGGCCCCAGAGUGCGUUCUUCGUCUUCAUGGAGGAAUUCCGGAAGAUAUUCAAGGAAAAGAACCCUAAUAACAAAUCGGUCGCAGCGGUUGGGAAAGCUGGAGGAGAUAAGUGGAAAUCCUUGUCGGAAGAAGAGAAAGCCCCAUAUGUAGCCAAGGCAGCAAAGCUCAAAGCCGAUUACACCAAAACUAUGGCUGCCUACAAUAAGGGUCAGGCCGGAGGAGGAAGUCGUUCUGCUGCUGCUGCAGCAGCAGCGGCAGAAGAUGACGAGGAGUCCGACAAGUCCAAAUCUGAGGUGAAUGAUGAUGAUGAUGAUGAGGACGAUGAAGAAGAUGAGGAUGAGGAUGAUGAUGAAUGAGGGAGUUGCAGCAAAAACUCUUGAAUCUCGGUAUCUCUAUUUCUUCUUUCUGUUUCCCCUCUACUUUGUUGGAGUUUCUAUUUGGUGACCAGAAGAAACUAUCAUUCUCUUUUCUAAUGGGAAAGGCCAUGUCACGGCUUUUCUCAACUAACAUAAUGUACUUAACUUUUGUCUAACUUGAUCUAAUGUAGUGCCAACUUGAUCUUUGCUCUUGUCUGUUA